AUGCAUUUUAUACGAAAGAUUUCUUAUUUUUCACAUCUUUUCCGUGGGCUUUUUCAUUCACUUCUUUCUUUUGUUUGUUUCUUUCAUUUUUCUUUUUUUGUCUUACUUGCGCUUUUUUCUUGCUUUCAUUCACUAUUUGAGUUUUUCUUUCCAUUCAUUUCUAUCGGAUAUUUUUAUUUCAUUCUUUAUUUGACCAUUCUUUCAUUCAUUUUCAUUUCUACCAUCUUUCGUGAAUGCUUUACUAUAUAUUUCUUCGUUUUUAUCUUUCACAAUUUUUCUUUAAUUCGUUAUUUCAUUUUUUUUUUCAUUCGUUUCUCUUUUAUCAUUCAUGUUUUCUUUCAUUCUUUAUUGUAUUUUUUUUUCAUUCAUUUUAUGUCAUCGAUUCUUUCAUUCUUUAUUUCAUCUUCUUUCAUUCCUUUUUUUUCUCUCAUAUUUUCUUUCAAUCUUAAUUUGAUCUUUCAUUCCUUUAUUUUUAUCUCUCAGAUUUUCUUUAAUUCUUUAUUUGCUUCUUUCAACCUCUCUCUUUCCACCUCUCUUUCUUUUCACCUCUUUCUCUCUUUCCACCUAUCUCUCUUUCCAGCUCUCAGACUUUCAACCUCUCUUUUUCCAUCACUCUUCAUUUCUACCUCUCUCUCUUUCCACCUUUCUCUCUUUCCACCCAUCAGUCUUUCCACCUCUUUCUCUUUCCACAUCUCUCUCUUUCCCUCUCUCAGUCAUUCAACCUCUCUCUUUCCACCUAUCUCUCUUUCCACCUCUCAGACUUUCAACCUCUCUCUUUCCACCUUUCUCACUUUCCACCUCUCUCUCUUUCCACAUCUCUGUCUUUCCAUCUCUCUCAGUCUUUCAACCUCUCUCUCUAUCUACCUCUCAGUCUUUAAACCUCGCUCUUUUCACCUUUCUUUCUUUCCACCUCUCUCUCUCUCCACCUUUCAGUCUUUCAACCUCUAUCUUUCCACCUUCCCGUGA